AUCGAGAUGGCUAAAGUAUCGGAGGCGUGCUCAUGCGUAGAAUUGCUGAACUAAAGUUCUUUUCAACGUGAAUUCUCGUCAGCCCAAGGAUGGCACCCAGGUACGAGUUGGCCGUUGGCCUGAAUAAGGGUCACAAAACCACUAAAAUUCGCGUAGCAAAGAACAAGGGCAUGAAGGAGAAAACCCUGGCUCUAAGACCAGCUCGUCUAAAGGGGCGUCAGACAAAGCACAGCAAAUUUGUGAGAGACCUGAUCCGCGAGGUGACCGGACACGCCCCAUACGAGAAACGUGCUAUGGAGUUGCUCAAGGUCUCCAAAGACAAGCGAGCACUGAAAUUCCUGAAGAGGAGGUUGGGCACGCACAUUCGCGCUAAGAGGAAGCGUGAAGAGCUGGGUAAUAUCCUCGUCCAGAUGAGAAAGGCCGCAGCCCACCACUAAACAUGGGUACUUUGAUUAUUUGUAAGAAAAUACAAAUUAAGAAAAAAAUAAAAUGACCUACAAUCAUUCAUGAAA